AUGGCGACCAACGACGCGCCGCUCACCGAUUGGCUCUUCAAGGUCACCGACUCGCUGGACCAACACUUCAUUUGUCGAAACGUCGAGUGCUCCUCCGUCAUCCACAACCACCACUGGCUGCGCCAGAUCUCCACCGAUUACCCCAUCCGCGAACAACAUGGUCGCUAUACAUGCCCGCGAUGUUUGACCCCGUAUCGACCCCAUGCGGAUCGCACGAACGCCAGUGCACUACAAUCGAAGAAACUCGUACCAGCACAGAAGGCGCUGAUCAUGGCGGAGAACGGCGAGGUUAACAUCGACAUCCCGGUGCGUGGACAAACCAUCUCGAAGGACAACACCGACUACCAUCUGUUUCUGAUGGAGUGGGAGAAGACCGACGAUGAUAUGCUCCUGGGAAGGCUCAAGCAGAUCAUGGCAGAGUAUCGUGCGGACCUGGGCACCGAUGACUUCCGAGCUCCACUACAGGCUGCUAUCCGCGAUCAAGCUGUGAAAUACCAGCUCCUGGGAUACUUCGAGGAGACAGCGUGGACCCUCGAGAACAUGGAAAACAUCCUCAACCGCAACUACUCGGUCGAUCGCAAGAACAUCUAUCGACCCGAUCUUCUUCCUACCAUGACCUACCCGCGCAAGUACCUCGAUGAGACCUUCAAUACCAAGGAGAACUUCGAGUCCUACGACAUCCGUUCGUUCCGCAAGGAUCCUCCAUAUUAUCACUUUAGCGUUUACCAGUACGAGCCCGAUUCCACAGUGACCAUGAAGCAAAACGACUUCCUAGGCUUCAUGUCCUUGUGUUACAUCCAGCUACGCGCGAUUCAGUACCUCCAGGGCGACCACAGCUUCACCAAUGUCAGCCACGAUCACCUUGAGCUUCUCCGCGAUGCCGACGACAACCCAGUGUGUAAGAUCCUCGCGAUGCAGGAAGGGCUGCUUUUCAUUGACACCGGGCCCGAGGCUCCCAGUUUGCACGACAGUAGCCCUGGACCGAAUAUCCUCGGUAUGGACACCGCCGCCCUGCGCCACCUCGAGUCACUCGUCGAUGGCCUCAACCGGCAGAUCAAUGGACUUCGAUUCCGGAUCGAGGCGAUACGCACCAGAUUACAGAACUUCGAGCUGACAACGAACAACUCCGUGAACAACUUUAUCUCCUUCAACUUCAACUCGAGCCUCUACUCGGAUUACCUCUUGCUCUCCAACAGCUACACGAUGAAGUGGGUGAUUUGGCUAGAACGGUUUUUCCUGAGCCCGUAG